AUGUCAAAGCUCGUCUUCGUCACCGGAAAUGCCAACAAGCUGAAGGAAGUUCGGGCGAUCCUUUCUGCAGGGAAUCAGCCCGUUGAAAUCGAUUCAAAGAGCUUGGAUAUCGAUGAAAUACAAGGAUCUACUCAGGAAGUCUCCAGAGCGAAAUGUAAACGUGCAGCGGAACUGCUCGACGGUCCCUGCAUCACUGAAGACACUGCGCUCUGUUUUGAGGCCUUAGAUGGUCUUCCUGGCCCAUACAUUAAAUAUUUUCUCGAAAAGCUUGGCCAUGAUGGGAUCAACAAGAUGCUUGUGGGAUUUGAGAGUAAGAAAGCUUGGGCAUUGUGUACGUUUGCAUAUUGUGCGGGGCCGACCUCUGAACCAAUAUUAUUCGAAGGACGCACUGAUGGAACUAUCGUACCUGCUCGGGGAGCAGCAAAAUUUGGUUGGGAUCCGGUUUUUGAGCCCAAUGGUACUGGGUUGACAUAUGCAGAAAUGGCUUCAGAACAGAAAAACCUCAUUUCACAUCGGUUCAAAGCACUCGAGAAGCUCAGAGUGUAUAUUCAGUCGUUGUAA